AUGAGGCUGAAUGCUGAGCUCCUUCGUUACAUGACAAAGGAGGAAUUUCGCGUGCUGACCUCCGUCGAGAUGGGUCACAAGAACCACGAGUUCGUGCCGGUCGCGCUGAUACAGUCGAUUGCGUGCUUGAAGCGACAUUCGAUUCAAGAUAUCAUCACGUCUUUGCUAAAGAACAAAUUGCUUUAUCGAACCAACCAGAAAUACGAGGGGCUGAAGCUCACUUAUUUAGGUUAUGACUAUCUGGCGCUGCACGCAUUUGUGAGGCGAGGAUUGCUCAGCGGCGUUGGCGUCAGAAUAGGCGUCGGCAAAGAAAGCGACAUACACAUCUGCCGUACGACGGAUGGCAGAGUAGUCGUGCUGAAGCUUCACCGCCUCGGACGGAUAUCUUUCCGUUCAAUCAAGCGCAACAGAGACUACCUGCAGCGUCGACAGCAUGCGAGCUGGAUGUACCUUGCCCGCCUCGCGGCUUUGAAGGAGUUUUUUUAUUUAAAGGCGUUAUACGCCCACAGGUUCCCGGUGCCGGAGCCCAUCGAUGUGAACAGGCAUGCGGUUGUGAUGGAAUAUAUAGACGCCACCCCCUUUCGAGAGGUCAAAGCACUGCCUGAGCCAAUGCGCGUGCUUGAGAAGUUGAUGCAUCUUAUAGUUCGCUUAGGCCGCGCUGGGCUUAUUCACGGAGACUUCAACGAGUUCAAUUUGAUGAUCGAUGACAAGGAGCACAUCACCUUCAUAGACCUGCCACAGGUGGUGUCGACGCAGCACCCGAAUGCAGAAAUGUACUUCGAGCGCGACGUUGAAUGUAUUCGGAGUUUGUUUGCGCGGAAGUUCAACGUUGAAGUCACUGAAGCACCGCGUUUCCACGUGGUCUGUCAGGCGUCUCCAGUGGCAGGCAUUGCGGAUGCAGGGAGCGUGACCGAACAACGGGGAGAGUGCGAUACGACACACUCCGAGAGACCCUUGCGCGUGGAAGAGGUGCUUGGGGCGGAGGAGCUUCAAGCGAUCGAAGAAGCGUGGACAGAGUCUAGACGAAUGCGAGACGAGAACACGGAGAACGGCCGAAGCUGUCCUGAAAGCCCCAGCGACACUGACUGUGAGGCAAAGGACGACGCGGCUGGCCGUGCCUUACACGGCAAGAAGCAGACAGCGAUGCUGGUGAGGAGGAUCGACCUCCUGAAAGGCACGAUCCGGGUUACGAUACGGAUACUUCUUCUGACGAAUACCCUGAAGAGUCUCACGAUUCUCCGAUUCGCUGUUAUUACCCAAAGGCGCGAGCGGGACACUACUGUAGUGAACAGAAAGCAUGCUGAUGUCCGGCUGCAUCAUCCGAAUGAUCGAGAUGCCUGCGUGUUUUUCAGGCACGAUCCGAAUGUUGUUCGCAAGCGCGCGCAGCGUUCAGAGAAGAAGAAAUCAGCUCACGCCGGUUUGAGGAGCGUGCAUCUGCUUGUGGGGGCAGACCUCCGGAAAGACGUACAGUCAGUGGAGUUUGACACAAGUGUACACGCGAGCGCGUGCGACACACACGCGGGGCCGCACAUCGGGCAGCGCGGUGUAUAUAUAUGUACAUACAUACAUGUAUAUAGAUUUAUACCUGUGCACAUAUAUGUAGAUGGAUAUAUACGAUAUGUCGUGGAGAAACAAGCUGGCUCACGUUGCAGAGUCCGAGGCGACUACGAGGCAGCGGAGCUAGAAGCGGCCGUGUUCUCUGGCCAUCAGGGCAGCUGCAUACGGACGGUGCAGGUUGCUGUCAGUGGACUCCCCGCUCGUACAGGUCCCCGUACGCAUAUCGGUUCUGUACAAGUAGAUGGGAAACGUACAGAGUCUUGCCAGCGUCCACCCUGCACACACACGCACGGGCAUCAGAGGUCAACUGACAGCGCACAGGCGUGGUUUUGGGCGACGCAGCAGACCAGCGUUGCGGGGGCACAACGUGGAACACUUCGCAGAUACGCUGUCAACCCCCGCGUACACACACUUUGGUCUUCUUCUGAACUUCGCCAAGGCCGCCGCGGGAUUGAUGUCGCGCAGCAGUCUAUGAGUAAGAGGCUUCCUGCGGACGCGCUGGACGAAAUUCAGGACUCGCUGUUUCAUGGCAUGCCUCGCUACCCUUCUGCACGAGCCUCGUAA